UUUAAUGAGUGGGAGUUGGAAGGUUGGUAUUCGGAGUUUAAUUUCGUCGAACACGUGUGUAAAGAGGUUAUAAAUUAUUAUUGUUGUUUAUUGACGGUAUUCAAGUGAUUAUUAGUUAUAAAUUUAUUUAAAAUGGUUGUCUUUACGUGUAAUAACUGCGGUGACUCGUUACAAAAACCCCGGGUCGCUAAACAUUAUCAGUUUCAAUGCCGAAAAAGGGUUUCGCUGUCGUGUGUUGAUUGUUUUAAAGAUUUUUUAGACGACGAUUAUGUAUCGCAUACAAAAUGUAUCACAGAAGCCGAGAGAUACGGCGGUAAAAAUUUCGUCGCGAAACCGUCGGCCAACAAAGGAGAGAGGAAGCAGCAAGAGUGGAUUAAAAUAAUAAACAGCGUGCUGUGCUCGAGUAAUCUGAGUAAGGAGGAAAAAAACUUUUUAAAAAACAUUUCAAAGCAUGAAAACGUACCGCGAAAAAAACCAAAAUUUUUAAACUUCGUUAAAAACGCCAUGGGGUACCGGGUCGACGUGACCAUCGCCGAGAGUUGUUUCGAUAAAAUAGAGUCCGCGUUUAAGGAAGUGAACAAUAAGCAAAUUAACGGAGUCAAAAAUGACGAGUCCGCGAAUGACAAAUCUUCUGGUGAAGUAAAACAAGAGUCGAAAGAUGAAACGAACGGAUUAAUUUCCAAUGGUCAGGAAAAGAAGGCUAAGAAAAAUAAACGCAAGUUGGAAAAUGAACACAAAGAAGAAGAAGAAGAAGAAGUAGAAGAAAAAAAAUUAAAAGUUGAAAAUAGUGAGCAAGAAGUCAGUGGAAAAUUAAUAUGGAAGGAAAAAAUUAUAGAAAUAAUUGGCGAGCGUAAUGAAAUAUCAUUAAAAAAAUUACGUAAAAAAAUGAUAAAAUUUUUACCUGAGUAUGAAAAUGAGGAAGAAAAAUUUAAUAAAAAAUUGACAAAAAAAUUGUCAAAAAUAGAGGAAUUAGUUUUGGAAGACAAUAAAAUAAAACGUAAAUAAUAUUUUGUAUUUAAUA